AUGGCCGCCCUUCACUCCGCACUCGACGUCUCGCGCUUCGGGCCUCCGCCGUCUUCUUCUCGACAGUCCCAAACCGGCCUGCAGUCUGCUUGUCCGCGGUCCCCGUAUUUCUGUCCCCUCGGACUGACGCCGCAGAGAAUCCCAGGCAUGGAUGCCUCGAGGGAAGUCGCCGCGCAUAACUCCAGUGCGCUCCGCGCACCUCCUUCGCAUCAACGAAGCGUGCAGGCCUCAACUCUCACGUCCUUCUCUGUCUCGCUUUCUUCUGCCGCGGCGAAUCCGCUGCCUUCCGAGCUUUCAACGGCUGCGGGUUCCCUCUCUGCGGAGGCUGCGCGUCCAUUCGGGCCCGGUGAGCGCGCGUCCGACCCCUUGUCUCGCUUUCUUGCGCGAAACGCCUCGUUUUGCGUAUGGCGCUCGCCCUGUCCUCCGGCGGGUGUCUCCGCGUCCUCGAUGCCUCCCGGGGGCGCGUCUGGAGACGUGCGGGCACCGAGCCUCACGAGCGUCUUACCGAUCAUCCUGGCGAGUCCGCUGCGGCGGAAGAAGGCCUUGCGCAAAACCGACGCCGCUCGCCAGUCCUUCAACGACGAAGCCCCUGAGUCUCCGCUGCGCAGCACCGCCGCUAGGGCGCGCACGGCCUCAGUCCCGGCGGCAGAGGCGAGUGCGCGCCGUCGCGCCGCGUCCGCAGAGCCGCGCAUCCCUUCCGCAGGCGAGGCAGGACCUGCCGCGUCGCCCGGUCCUCGUGGACUCCGAGACCAAGGUUCUCCUCUCGCGUCUUCGCGCGCCGCUGCCCACCCCGCCGAGCAGGAGAGUCGCGCGCACGCGGCGCCACAGCCUGCGUCGCCUGCCGCGCCGUCGCUGCUCUUCGUGUCGCCUUCCUUGUUCGCGGGCGACGCGACGCGGGCGGGAGACGGCAAGGCAGGCGGAAGCGGCGCCGACGGCGAGGGUCACUUUUCGUUUUUUUCAAGCCCGAGCCGGGCGGCAGGGGCGGUCUUUUCGCGUGAGUUGAAGCCACCCGUGCAGCAGCCUGCGCAUGGCGCGUCGCCCUUCUCUCUUCUCGCGCCGUGUCCGCCGUCUGCCUCGCCCUUCGCCUCGAGUCUCGAGGCCGCGCCGUCCGCGGUUGCGCCGCCUGCGUUCUCCGCGGCGGCGACGCCCAUGUUCCUCUCCCCCUCGCCGCGCUCACCGUUUCUCAGGGCGAGCGCGGUCGCUGCAGCUGACGCCGGGGGCGGGAUGCAGGCGAGCGGCGCGCGGCGGAAAAGCGACUUUAUUGAGAUGGCGCCGAAUCGCUGGACGUGGGGCGUGCGUCUCGGCGAGCGCGCUUGGGAGGCGUACAGACAGCAGAUGGCGCUGACCUCGCACUUUGCCGUGACCAGCGACGAAAUCGCGCGGUCGCUGCUUCAGGGCCAAUACCCGAACAAGUCCGCGCUCUCCAGGCCCGAAGGCGCGCGGCGGAAGACCUACGAAGGGCUCCACGACGAAGCGCCGCGCCUCGGCGAAGCAGAACCUCGCGGGAGGGCGCGCAGCAGCGAAGGUCGCGCAGGCGGGAGCGAGACGCGGGCGGACGCGCGCAGAGGCUCGUCCUCUGAGGCAGAAGAUCUCGCUCUCGCACGGAAGCUGCAGGAACUCUCAUCCGACGACGAGUCCCUGCUGUCAGUCGACUCGCGGGCAGGGAACUUCCGCAGCGCGACGCCGCGUCUCCUCUUGCCAGCGGCCUCGCAGCAGAGGAGAGCGCGCUCCGUGGAAGAGGGCGGAGAUGAGAAGGCGACCCUUUUUCUCGAUGCAGACCUUACCUCUUCUGAGGAAGAGGGAGAGAGGCCGAGUUCGCAAAAACCAGCAAUCGCGGAGGAAGACGGGCGCGAAACUGCUCCUGCCUGGAGGGGCGGAGAGAGACGAGUCGCGGACGCGAGCCAGACGCAUCACGCGAGGCCGGAUUCCAGCUCCGCAAAUCGCGCUCAAGACGCAGGGGAGGCGCCGACAGAGCGUGCGGUUCGCCGUCACGACGUUCAUCUUACCAUGGCGCCGCAGCUUGGAGCGCCUGUUCAGCCACCGCUCCGCGACGUCGUCGCCCGCACGCCGAUCGUCCUCGGCGCGCCGCACAAGACGCGCAGCCGGCCUUCCGUGCAGAUGCGGCUCAACAGAGAGGCGAACGCAGUCUACGUCUCCUCGCAGGAGAGACAGCGAGAAAUGCAGCAGAGCCGAAAGCUCUCUGCGCGGCGCAUCGGGGAGCCGGACUCGCCCGUCUCGUCGUCUCUUUCUCUUCGAGGCGCGGCUUCCUCUCCCGCGAGGCAUGCGUCGCAUCCCUCCGCAGAGGCGCCUCUGCAGGAGCCAGCAUCCUGUCUGCGACCGUCGCGUGCGCCGAGAGAAGAGCUCUCGCUGCGGAGGGAGCCUCUGCCUCGGGCGUCUCGCCAGUCUCACGGUGCGCAGCCGGCUCACGCGGAAUCUCGCGCGUCGGCCUCUGUUUCCGCGCGGUUUCCGCCGCCCCCUCCGCUGCUUGGCGGAGGCGCGGAGGCGUCGCUGCGAGAGAGACGCGCGUCGCUGCAGGCGGAGGACUCUUCGCUGCGCCGAGGAGGGCGCGAAGACGCGCAGAGUGAGCCGGCUGAGAGCGAGAAGGAAGGGGGCUCUGGCGAGGGAGGCGCAGAGGCAGAAGUGCGUGGGCGGAGAGACAGCCGCCGGGGAGCACCCCCGCGCGCCGGGCUGGACAGGCGCCGAGUCAAGAGGGGAGAGGGAGAGGCGCACGCGUCGCUGUCGCCGAGUGGAGCCCGCAGCGGGCCUUCUGCGCCUCGCAGGGCCACAGACGAAGGCCUUUUUUCAGCGAGCAGCGAGGAUUCCGCCCUCGUGGCGCCUGUCUCCCUUCCGCGGCGAGCGAGCGACCAGUCGCGUCUGGCUCGCCUGAGCUUCUCUGAGCAGCAGGGAAGGAGGAGCGGCGACGGGAGCGCUGAGAAGGCACGCGGCAGGCGAUCCAGCGUCGAGCUCCCGCGUGGGCAUCGAGACCAAGGAGCCGGAGACGGUCGACGCGCCUCGGGCGGCGAAGUGCGUGAGGACAAGAAGAAGGGAGUGGGGGGCGCAGCUGAGCUUGCCGGCGCAGAGGACCGGGCGCCAAGCGAGGCAGAGAGAAACUGGAAGGAGUCAGGAAAGGGAGGGCUUGCCGAGCGAGAUACGCUCCGGCGUCUCGAGGGCUCAGGAGAGCCGGCUGUCUCGCCAGCGCCGGCAGAGGAGCUCCCUGCGAAUGACCGCGCAGACUACGGGCGCCGGCGCGAGGACGACGCAGAUGAGACGCAGAGUCUGUCGAGCGAAACGUCCCUCGAGGACUUCCUGGCACGCAGCGACCCGUACGGAGACUCUCCAGCGAGCGAAGAAAAACGAGGGCGGCGCGCGUCUGCGGGCGCCGCGCCCGCGCCGCCGUCGGCCGCACCGCCCCCCGCCUCUCUCGGGACCGACGCUUCUCAGGCGACGGCGACAGAAGAAGGCGACGGAACGUCCUUCUCGUCUCCUCCCGAUCUCUUCGCUGACGCGGCCGGCGGCUUUGGCCACGACGAUUUUCUCGACGCGGAACCUCUGGGGGAUCAAGACGCGCGAGAGUCGGGCGACGGCGAGGAGCCCCUGGGCGCCGCUGCCUCGGCCCUGGCGCUUCUGUCUGACGCGCUCGACAGGCCGGCGGCAGACGCGGGCGGCAUCGAGGGCGAGGACGCCUCAACGCCGGCGCACGCGCGAGGCGCCGCGUCUUCGGCGGCAGCGGCGCCGCUCUCGGCGCUGUCCGCUGCGCUCGUGGAGGCCUCUGCGACGCCGCCACCCGCCGCGCGGACGACGACGGCGCUGGCGGUGCAAACCGACGGCCUGCCGGCGCCGCCGCCGCCCGUGGUGGGCUCCGUGCAGCGCGGCAUCCAGACUUCGCCGGCGUCCUCGCCCGAGGGGCGCCGGCGCUCGUCGCGCGAGGCCCGCGCGCGGAAGGGAGGCGAGAAGAGCCGCGGGCUGACGCGGGCGACGAUGCCUCCGCGUCUGCCGGUUGUCACGAUCGGCGCGCGUCUCGUCGAGGAGCCGAUCUCCGUCCUCGCGCGCCACGAGGAUGGGGGGGGGGGAGACGAGGGGGAGGAGGUGGAGGGCGCGGACGGCGUCGUCUUCGUGGAGGGCGGGGCGUCCGCGGCCUCGGCGGAGUCCGACAGAGAAGCGCCCUCAGCCCCGCCGGGCUCGCCGGUGCGCUCGGCGCGGAGCGCGCAGAAGCGGCGGUAUCCGCUGCGGCAGCGCCUGCCGGCGCUCAAGUCGUGGCUGGGGGAGUACGCGCGCUACGGCUACUCAGAGGACGGCAAAUGGGGCUUGGUAGGUGUGUCGCGCUGCGUGAACCAGGACGCGCUGCGCGCGGUCGCGCGAGACGUGACGGUCGACGGCGUCCUCGGCGCGGUCGCCGGCAAGCGCGAAGAGAAGAAGCGCCAAGAACUCAUGCGAAACGGCACUCUCCUCGAGCUCGCCGUCGACGAGCGCCAAAAACUGCUGCAGCUUGGCCAGCACGUCAGAGUCUCCGACUCCGAAGGCGACGAGGCCGCAGCCCCCGGCGAGCGCCGCGACCGGCGGAGGCACGAGAAGGCCAAGCGGAAGCGGCGCGAGGGGAAGCGCGGAGGGACCGGCGACACGAAGCGACGGCGCAGAAGGCAGACAGCCGCAGGCGAGCGGGCGGAACCGCGCGAGCGGCGCGAGCGCCUAAACGAAGAUGCGGAAGCAGCGUGGAGAAGUGAGCAAGGGGCGGAGGGAGGUGGCGACGACGCGGACUGGGGCGUCGGGGAGACGCAUGCGGAGGAAGACGAACCGCAGGCGCCCGAGCGUCGCAGGCGCAGAGGCGGCCUGCCCCAAGAGUCCGACAGCGACGAGGGAGGGGAGCGAGCGGAGGAAACCGCGAAAAAGCGGCAGGAGAAGAGAAGCGAGAGAAGAAAGUCCGGAGGGAGGGGUUUUAGUGAGGACGAGACCGAACUCCCCAAGAGCGAAGGGGAGCGACGGCGGGGCAAGCGCGUCAUCCACGACGAUGAUCAAGAGGACAACGCACAGCCAACAGACCUCACCAGCACAACUUAUGAAGAAGGCGAAGACGGCACUCGAAGGCUGUUCACCUACAAGGCUGUCACGCUGCCCCCAGAGUGGACUUGGAUGAACGCGAAUCCGCAAGGCACUUUGCAGACUGCCUUGAUAAGUCGGUGUGGGGCGAGCAGCCACUCGCUCCUCCUGCGGCUCGCGCCUGGAACGACGAAACCUCCAAUCGACAGCGGAUCGUUUCUUCACUACGGAGUCGUCUCCGCCGGUCGGGGACUGCAUGUGAAGGUCGGCGAGAAGGAGGCGACGCUGGACGCGGAAGGGAUGUUUUUCGUUCCGCAGCACACAGUUUGGAGCCUCGUCAACACUUCUCGGGGCGAGAGCGUCGAGGUCUACCUGACUUUCUGGCAGAUGCCAUGA